UAUGACGUACAAGAGAGUUUACAAUGUAAUCUUCUGGCCAAAGUAGAAGAAAUAUAUUCCAGGCAAGGAUUUUGAAGGUUUAGUUUGGAGUGGCGUCUUCGGAAUUGCAAUGCCUUUAGCAAUAAGCAUAAGAUAAUGCCCAUCUUUUGCUCAAGUCUUUUCUCCUCCCAUGGAUUAUUAUCUUUUGCUUCGUGUUCAUGCGCAUGCCAAAUCACCAUGAUAUGGCUUCCAGAGCUUUCAAAACCAAAUUAUUUGAAUGCGUGUAAUACGUGUGCAACUUCACAGAGAAGCUUUAAGAAACUUAAGAUGGAUCUGCCACAUCCCUGAAGCUUCAGUUCGGUACGGGGAUGACUUGGAAAAAUGCAAGAAUGCAAAUACAAUGUUUAAUACUGUGUUUCCUGUUGAAGUUUGGUUCUUUCCUGCAUGCAUUACUGUUUGCUGGAACAUUUCGCUAGGAUGGUUUUCAGGAUUCUAGAUGAGAGGAUUCCAGACAAAGUGCUCUUUGACUUUGAGUGGAAAGCAAGCAAAACGAAAGUACAAGACCUCAAAAUUUUUCUCCCUAUUUUCCUCCAUCGCCAAGCAAGCAUAUAUUCUAACUAGCUAAAAGAAGUGCAUUCCAUUUAUUCUUAGCCCAUCUAUGUGUUAGUGUGACAAUACCAACUAUUGGCUUGGAAUCUUCUUUAGUUUUCCUAUGUUGAUAAUUCAGCUUUCCGGCCCGCUUCUUUUGCUCCAUUCUCCUUUUCCCUGUUAGCUAAAUGUCCUUGGCUCGUUUAACAUUCUAUAUUUAUGCACCUAGUUCAUCCCCAAAGAGUUGGUCAUCUCAGUCAGUACUCUCAAGCUUUGCUCAGAGCCAUGGAUGCAAGGGGGCACUAUCCAAGAUUGCUCCUUUCGGUCGUAUGCAUUUCCAUUUUACCCACCAUUCUCUUCACUAGCUGUGAUGCCAGAAUUGUGGUUCACAUAUGGAAGCAACAAGGCUCAAAGCUCCAGAAAAGUCCAAUCAGCGACUUGAUCAACAGACUAAAAAUAACAAAUCGUGUCAACUCCAAUGUUGAUCCAUAUACCAUAAACUCACCUUUCUAUUUACCACCUUUUGACUCACUAUCACCACUUCCUCAGCCUGACCACUCUCCUCCGUUUUAUCAGUACCCUCCAUUCAACCCACAAUCACCUUCCAUCCGUCCGCCAUCUCCAAUGAGCUACGGACUAGCAACUCCUCCACCACCUGGUUACAUUCACACCCCUCCAGCAAAUCCCCCUGAACAUGGGCUCAGUCCACCUAGCAUUUUCCCAAGUCCUCCUCAAUAUCAGCCUAGCCCACCAAAACAUGUUCCCAGCCCCCCUAAACAUGUUCCAGGCCCACCCAUUUAUGAACCGCCAAUGGUGAACCCACAGCCUUUGGGGCCGCCCCCUCCAAGCAAAGCGUCAAAGUCUGGUGUUUGGUGUGUUGCUAAGCCGACCGUACCUGAUCCGAUAAUCCAGGCAGCCAUGGACUAUGCAUGUGGGUCUGGUGCAGAUUGCAAGUCUAUCCAGCCGAAUGAGGCCUGCUUUCAACCCAAUACAUUGAUUUCGCAUGCUUCAUAUGCUUUCAACAGCUACUGGCAAAACACCAAGGGGACAGGUGGAACUUGUGACUUUGGAGGGACUGCCAUGCUUGUUACCGUUGAUCCUAGUUCUGAGAAGUGCCAGUUCAGCUACAGUUGAUUGCUGAAGAGAGAAAGCCCCAAUUUAAAAGACCAAUCAACCCUUAAGUCCAGUACUUUCUAUUUCAGAGGAGUUUGAACCAGCAGUACUUUUGCUAGACGUGAUUCUAUUUAUAGAUGUAGCAUUUUGGUUGUUGAACUGCUUAGCUGAAACUGUUAGCUUGUUUGCUACCUUCUGUGAACCGGAUAGAGUUUGAAGUAUAGUAUUUUUAUAUGAUGUAUAAACAAGUCCCGGGCAAUUUAUAUUUUACAGCAUAAUGUAUAAACAAAAACCUGCAGAGAAUAAUGUGGAAUAGACUUAUUCCCAAAGUUUCUUUGCUGCUCAAGCUGGACAUAAACAUUAAAUUUAUUGAUUAGGCA